AUGGGGGACAGAUCUGCUGUUACCCGGUCAUUGCACCUGGUUGAACGGAAGAAUGGCAGUCAGCCGGAGAGCAGCGUGUUGAUGACGUUGCGGAUGGGCGUCUAUAUUCGGGACAAGGAAACUCCGCGUUAUCGGGGGGAAUCCAGGGGGAGGAGUCUUAUCAAAAGGAGUGAGUGCAGUGGAGGGCUUGCAGAUGAUAUGGGAGGGUCCAAGUGUGAUGAGUCAGCCAAUUUCCCUCCGAUGCAGCCUCACUCACUCACUCACUCUUUGGCUCGGGCUCGGGCUCUCUGGCUUUUGGCUUUUGGCUUUGCGGCUGCUGUUGGAACAUUUUCUUGUCCGCUGUAUGCUUUCCCCAUAGUGGUGGAGAUCAGUGUCUCCGCGCAUGGUUCCCGGACUCCAUCGCAGCGUUGCAGUUUCCACGGAUAG